GAGAGAGAGAGAUGAUGAUGACAGCAACACAUCUAUUCCGAUGACACAAUUGCCUCCUUUUUAACCGUUUUUUUAACCUUUUCACUGGGAGAGGAGGGGGGGGGGGUCAACGAGUGAGAGAUAUAGAGGGAGAGAGAUAUAUAGAGAUAGAUAGAAAGAGAGUGAGACACGGGCAGACAGGCAGACAGAGCGCGCGAGACACAAGGAAGUGGCCACCUCUGUGGAUCAACGCUCUGGCAAACGAAGAGAAGACCAGCGAGAACAGCUUCAAACCGGUUCACUCCCCUCUCCGUCUCUGCUAGGCAACACAAUAGCGCUGCCUUCCUUCUGCCGGCUUUCUCAUUCAGACAGAUGAUGCCACAACAGCACUGCACCUCCGCCGCGUUUCAGCGCUACCGAGGCCGAUACAGCAGAUUUAUCGUGGUGGAAAUGUGCGUGGGGCUAUGAUAGUUGUGUUCGGGGGGGGCUACCGCAUCUCCAGUGCGAAAAAUUGGCUGGUUUAUAGAGACGCCCUGAAUAGAGCAUCUUGCAGGUGUCUAGUUUAACUAGCCAAUCAGUGGAGGCGCUUGAUUCUCCCCACUCAGCCACUUUUGUCGGAAAGCAACAUGGCUUCCUCAGACACCACCACCACCACCACCGGCACCACCACCGGCAACACCUCCAAAGGCAGCAGGAGCUCAGAGACCAGAGCCCAGCAGCCCCUGGACGGCGGGUGGGGCUGGGUCAUUGUCGUGGCCUGCUUCAUGGCUCAGUUCCUGGCCUACGGGUCUCCCCUGUCUGUGGGAGUCCUGUUCCCACAGUGGCUGCACGUCUUCCAGGAAGGAAAGGGCUUGACUGCCUGGGUGGGCUCGCUGGUCUCUGGACUGGGCCUCAUCGUCAGUCCCAUUUGCAGUGCAAGUGUGGAGCACUUUGGGGCGCGUCCGGUCACUGUUUUCAGCGGGGUGAUGGUGGCGGGGGGGCUUAUGCUGAGCGCGUUCGCCCCAAACAUCCCCUUCCUCAUCUUCUCCUUCGGCAUCGUUGUCGGUGUGGGAUGUGGACUGGUGUACGCAGCCACGCUCACCAUUACCUGCCUAUACUUUGACAAGAAGAAGGGCCUUGCGCUGGGAAUUGUGGGCACAGGUUCCAGCAUGGGCGGCUUCCUCUACGCCACGCUGCAGACCAAGCUGAUCGAGCUGCUGGGCGUCAGCGGCUGCCUACUCAUCGUGGGCGCCGUGUCCCUCAACAUCAUCGCCUGCGCCGGCCCCAUGCGACCCCUGACCCCGCCCAAGUACUACCUCAAGCAGCGCGCGGCCCUCCUGGAGAGGGCCGAGGCCGAGGCCGCGAGGCUGUCGGAGAAGCCGGGCCCGGACGAGGCCCCGGCCAAUCAGAAGCCUCUGCUGACCAAGGACGCCGUGAUGCUCACCGUGGAGACGAAGGAGCCGUUCCAGAGGAGGAGGGCUCGCGACUUUGCGGACCUGGUCCGGCAGAUAAAGAGCAGGCUGAGGGAUUAUUCAAGAUGCAUGUCCUCUACAUCAGCGGUGUUCCAGAACCGAGUCUUCAUGGCCCUGUGUAUCUCCUUCUUCCUCUUCGCCCUUGGUGCCUUCCCCACCCUGCUCUUCAUGGAGGACGUAGCCCGGAGCCAGGGGCUCAUAGAGGAGGGCACCGCCACCUUCCCGCUGGUGUCGCUGGUCGCCAUCGCCAGCGGCUUUGGCAAGCUGGGCCUGGGAGCGAUGGUGGACCUGCCCUUCGUCCACAGCAUCCCCCUCUUCAUCUUCACCAUGGUGGGCAGCGGGCUGGGCCUGCUGCUCAUACCGUUCACCAAGUUCUACCUGGGGCUGCAGAUCCUGGCUGUGUGGAUGGGCUUCCUGGGCGGCAACUGGUCGCUGACCCCGUACAUCACCAACGAGAUAGUGGGCAAGGAGAAGCUCUCUGAAGCCCACGGCGUCCUCAUGUUCUUCGGAGGCCUGGGAAUCACCCUGGGGCCUCCAGUCGUAGGUUGCUUCUACGACCUGACCCUCUCCUUUGACAUUGCAUUCUACUUCAGCGGGGGGUGCGUGCUCCUGGGUGGCAUGAUCCUGUUUACCUGUACCCUGCCAUGCCUGGGUCGUACCACUUUUGAAACCCCCCUCCCAACCCUAGAAGCCGUGCAGACGGAACACAUUGAAUGUGUUAUUCCCGACGCAACUGAUGGGUCGUACACGCCGGCGACCCUCAUGGUAACGUUCGCGGCCUGACAGAUAUAUAUCAUUAAAUAGUGUGCAUUCUUGUUCAUUUUUGACAAUUGAACCACAAACCAUAUCCCAAAUUCCUGAAUCAGCUGUUUAGUUUAUAAGAUGUUCCUCAUUCAGGAUUCUGAGGGAGAUAGAAAUGUAAAAAAGGGUUGAGAGGUGCCAUUUGUGCAACCUCAACAUUGAAGCUAUUUCCUUGUUUUAUAGUUUCUGGUUAUGCGGUCGCCUAGAAACGACAUACAAAUAAACAACAUCCCCCACAUUUCAGACAGCUUACACCACGUAUUACUUACAGAGGUGUAGCUCUCCCAAAGAACCAGUUCUAGCAAUAAUUAGUCAUAUUUUUUUACGUGGAAUUUGUAUUUUACAAUUGAAUUGUUUUGUUCAAAUAUACUGCCGUCAAAAGUUACUAGUAAUUAUAUAUGAUAUAUUAUUAUCAUACCUUUUUAUAUAUAUAUAUAUAUAUAUAUAUAUAUAUAUAUAUAUAUAUAUAUAAAUAUCUUCGGCAAACCGUAACUGUACGGGGUUCACACACAGAUAUUACUGACGGACACAUUAGUAAAGCAGUUGAAACCGAGAAAUAAAUCAAACAUUUAUUUAUAGGCUAUUGUCUAUGUCUAAAGUGAAGUCGAAUAUGUAGUUUGGUUCUAUGGAGUCUGGUUACGAUUUUUUGUUAUGCAAAGUUUAGCCGUCCAAAUAAUUAUUUCUUAUUUCGUUCCUUAUGACUUGUUUGUAACUGUUUAUUAUUGUUGAUGAUUUGAUUUGUAAUCAUUUUUUAUCCAAGUAUAUCCCUUUAUAGUGGAAGGCUUUAUAUCUGUCCUAUCAUUUAGCUGCUAUGCUGUUUUACCACUAUGCUUUUUUAUUUAUAUUCCUUUUCUUGAUAGGGGUUUUUGAUGUAAUAUCCGCACUUAAGCCAGAGGCAACAUUGAUCCAUAUUAUUUUUAUUUUCUUUUUUUAUAAAUGUUACAAAAGUAAAUAAUAAUAAUUGAAAAUACCUUUCUAAAAUUAAAUUGAUUUAACUUUUUAAGUGCAAACCUGCCAAACUCGAACUGCCAUACAACACUUUUAUUUUAAAAUCCUACACAUAACACAAAAUGCUUUUUUUGUGUAUUCUCAAGUUAAGUUUUAGGGAGUAAUGGUAAUAGAGGGAUAUUCAACGUCAAGACUUUUAUACUAGUCCAUUUUUUGUAAGUGUGAUUUUGUUUGAGACUGUACUGUAUGACAAUUCUUCAUUUUUUUCCACUGUGUGGGUUUACAAGGAAAACAAUAUGGCUGUCUUAAACAAAUCUCUGUCUGUGUAUUUGGAAUUGAACCAAAGUUCCCGGCGUCAUACACUACUGUUUUAUAAAGCGCAUUUCCUAAAGGUUGUAUAGACCUUACUGGGGAACAAAAUGAAAAUCAUUAACAAUCGAAAUAAAAAUAAAAAUAUAAAGGCUGGUCCUACAGUUAAAACGUUUUUUCAUAAAUUUUUCAUUUAUAUAUAUAUAUAUAUAUAUAUAUAUAUAUAUAUAUAUAUAUAUAUAUAUAUGUAUAUGUAUAUAUAUAUAUAUAUAUGUAUAUGUAUGUAUAUGUGCAUGUUUUUGUACCAUAUCUACCCCACCGUGGUAAUUGUGACAGGGUUGGAUAUGAGGCAUCAUGUCUUGGAGUAGAAAUUAGUCUUUAUAUCUUCUGAAAAAGGUCUCUCAGACGUAGUUUGGAAGAAAGGAAAAAAGUGUGAUCAUGUACAAUAUAUUCUGUUUAAUUGUUCAACUCACAAAUCUUCUCAGAGUGUUCAAAAAGUGGUCAAGACCGAACUUUAUGAUGGAUUGAAUUCAAACAACUCAACAGAUGAGGAGAACCUCUUUGUCUGUGUGUGCCUGUGUUCUAUUCUGCUCUGUUCUUUGGGGGUCCUAAAGUUCAUUGAGUUGGUUGUGAGUUUGACAGUGUGUCAACGAGGGCACGUUUACCAUCUCACACAGUCAAAGAGCAAUAGGGGCCACUAGUUAUCUGUUGGUUGUUUGAUAAAGGAAUCCCAAGGUGUUACUUGAAAUAAAAACUGAACUAUACCUACUAUGAUGCUAUGACACACAUUGGCAAUAUAUUUGUUUGUUUUUUGUUUAGGGGUUUCAGCAUUCUUUUUUAAAAUAAAAAGUUGUACUACA